GGCGGUUGAGGUCAUAUAAUAGUGCAUAUAAUUCAGGUAAAGCGGGGAACAAGAAAAAAUACAGGCUCGAGGGUUUUUGAAGCGCGACUUCGAGGCAGACUUCUGCUACGCAGUUGGUGACGUCAGGACGUGAUCACGCAACCCAGAGUCACGUGAACCGUUUCACAUAUGUAAAUGUUUUAAUAACCUGUUUUCGGUCUUUUUUGCAGUGAAAUUUCUUGCUGCUGAAUUUGAAAGUGCACUUUAAUCUUCAGCGAUCCAACAUGGACGAGGACGGGCUGCCCAUCGUGGGCUCUGGAGUCGACCUUACCAAGGUUCCUGCGAUCCAGCAGAGAAAAAUUGUUGCCUAUCUCAAUCAGUUUGUUGCACACACAGUCCGCUUCCUUAACCGUUUUUCCACAGUGUGUGAAGAGAAACUUGCAAACAUAUCUCUUCGCAUACAGCAGAUAGAAACCAGCCUGUGCAUUUUGGAGGCCAAGUUGUCUUCCAUUCCUGGACUGGAGGACGUCACAGUCGAAGGACUCAGUAAGCAGCAGACUGCACAGGCCAAUGGACCCAUCAUCCCCAAUCAGAGCCAAAUCGAUGGUCCAGUAGCAGCGCCUCAAGAAGAGCCUGCUCAGACCACACCAGAAGCUUCAGCGACGCAAAAAGCAGAAGCGGCUGCAGAGAACGUCAUGACGGUGGCCAAAGACCCGCGCUAUGCCCGAUACCUGAAAAUGGUUCAAGUGGGGGUUCCGGUGAUGGCCAUACGGGCUAAAAUGGUCAUGGAGGGUUUGGAUCCCAAUCUGCUUGACACACCUGAUGCCCCCGUGCCCGACGGAGGAACGAAGACCUCGGAGGACCAAGACGCUGCCGGCAGCAACUCUGAUAGUGAAUCAUCUUUUAGUGACUGAAAUUGCUCAUUUGUCCUCAACACUGCAAAGUUUCCUCAUCCAUCGCCGUCUGCACUGCUUUAGGCCCGUAGCGAGGAAGUAUGAGGUACCUGUUAAGGGCUACCAAGGAGGUGGUGUGAAUGUAGUUGCCUGAAACAGGAAAUCCAAAUUGAGUGACUGUAGUUUCAGUUUAAAAGAACUGAACUGGUUCUCCUGUUUGGUCAAUCAGUGACCUUUAUUUUUGAAAAAUAUUUUUUUUUCUCAUAAAUUACUUUUCAAGAGGAGGAGAUCAUUUUUUCUCUUAAUCAUAUAAGCAGCAGUCAGAAGAUGACAGUAGCAAGUGUUUUAACAAAACCAAACCAUAUCACAUAGAGGUCUUCUGUGAUAGUUGCACAACUGACUAAUCACUAUUGUCUAAUCUCUGAAAUGUUGUGUUCACGCCAACUGCAAAGAAUAUAGCUGGAAACGCAUGAACAUUCACUCUUAACAACCAGCAGGAUGAGAAGGAAUCAAGUUACAGUACAUUAAUUUAGAACUUAACGUAAUGUCCCAAAAAUUUACUCUUGUUCAUCUAAACCUUCUCCUUUUUCCUGUCUCUGUUUCAAAGCAAAGUUCAACUAUACGGCUCGAGAUUACCUCAAGUUUAUCUUUUAUUUCUUAUCGGCACUGAGGAGAAUCUGAGGUCAUGUAGCAUGAAGUGAACUUUUUAGUAAAGUUGAAUUAUUUUAACUACUCAGCUCAUAUCAGUUUUAUGGAAGCUUGUUACUGCCACUGAAUUUUUUUCCCAUUGAUAACUCAGUCUUUUUUUUGAGUGGCGAAAAACGAGCUUCCAUAGAAUUUGCCUCAGCAUAAACUUUGUAUGGAAUUUGAAUUUGGUGUGGAUGCACAAUAAACCAGUACACCCUU